UGUAGAAAUGUUAUUGGAUGCAUAUCUACUUAUGAAUGCGGUGACAAUACUCCAAAGAAUAUAUCACUUCUAAAUGAAUUGUGCCCUAUAAGUUCACCGAAUGAUGCCGUAUUUGAUUUUGGAAUAUUCCUUGAUAUCCUUCAAUCUGGUAACACGGGAUCAAUAGAUUUUUCGAGGAAAUUCUUUUACUCUCUUUGGUGGGGCAUCAGAAAUUUAAGUAAUUUUGGCACAAAUCUCGAAACAAGUAGUUAUGUCUGGGAGAACUGUUUUGCAAUUCUUAUUGGUCUAAUUGGCUUGCUUCUAUUUUUGUAUCUCAUUGGAAAUGUGCAGACAUAUAUACAGUUGGCCACUACAAAGUCAGUGAAGAUUGAAGAGAAACAGGAGGAAUUAAGACGAUCGAGAAUUAAUAAGAAGUAUCGAGAAAUGAAAAAGUGGAUGUCAAGUAAUGGUCUCCCCAAGGAUUUAAAGACAACAAUUAGAGAAUAUAUUAAAAAAUCUAACCUAGCGGAGAAAUACAUAGAUGCUCCAGUGAGUCUGAAAAUUCUAUGCGAUUCUGCUAUGAGGGAUAGAGGAGCUGAUAUUGCAGAAUCUAUGGUCCAAUAUCUAACCGUGAAAGCGCUAAAGAAAGUACCCAUGUUUGAGACUGUCGAUGAAAGGGAUUUGAAAGAUGCCUGCAGCGAUUUCUUUUAUCCGUAUCCAGUUCUCUACAGCGAGAACAGCUACAUUGUUCGAGUGGGUGAACAGUGUGAUCGGGUCGUCUUCAUCGUAGAAGGCGUAAUUGAAUUGACCGACACAACGUCUAACGGUGCUGAAACAAUGGGUUCAUCAUCAAUGAUUAUGACCGAGCGUCUUGAGAAAGGUCAGUACUACGGACAAGAAUUGUUGAAUUGGGCAUCAUUGAACUAUCAGCACCCGUAUUCUGCAUGUAGGGACACUCGUCCUAUUUCGACCCGAGAUGUCAAGUGUCGUACCGCAGUCGACGCCAUCUGUAUCGAGGACGACGACUUAUUACAUUUACUAAAAGUUGUCAGCCGGGACUACAUCUGGAGGCAGAAUAAGUGGGUGAAGCCGACACCUGCCGAUAACAACACUGAUGAGACAUCAGACAAGACAAACUUGCAGCCGGCAACAACAGAAUUGGAGGAGUCAAAAAAGAUGAAGAUGAAGAACAUGGAAUUAGAUAAAGGAAGAGGAGAACUAAGAGAAGACAUUGCGGAUACGGGUGCAUCUACAUCCACUACUGUUGAACAGAGACUCGAACAGAUGCUUAGCGAGCAGCUGAUUCUAGCCCGACAGAAUCGUGAUGAUAUAGCCACACUGGGACGAAAAUUAGAUGACAUGGCUGUAAUCUUAGCCAUGUUGUGAUAUCCAGGCAUAUAUCUGCUCCUCCCGCACCUUUGAA